AGCAUGGUGACUUCUGAAUAUUACAUCACCAAAUGAGGAACCCACAAGCAAGACAUAAUUUUUACUUGGCGGCACCUGACUUGCUGGAUCCCAAAUCGGCCACUCAGAACUCCAAACCAAGAUUAUCAUUUUCCACCAAGCCUACCGUGCUCGCUUCACGGGAGGAGAGCGAUUCAGCCAUUAAUGUAAUGAAAUGGAAGACAGUCUCAACAAUUUUUCUGGUGGUAGUCGUGUAUUUAAUAAUUGGAGCAACAGUAUUUAAAGCCCUGGAGCAGCCUCAUGAGACCUCCCAGAGAACCACCAUUGUGAUUCAGAAGCAGACGUUUGUAUCUCAGCAUUCCUGUGUGAAUGCAACAGAGCUUGAUGAACUGAUUCAGCAAGUAGUGGCAGCAAUAAAUGCAGGAAUCAUACCUUUAGGAAACACAUCUGCUCAGAUCAGUCACUGGGACUUGGGAAGUUCCUUCUUCUUUGCUGGCACUGUUAUUACCACCAUAGGCUUUGGAAACAUCUCCCCACGCACACAAGGUGGAAAGAUAUUCUGUAUCAUCUAUGCCUUAUUGGGAAUUCCUCUGUUUGGUUUUCUGUUGGCUGGUGUUGGAGAUCAACUAGGGACAAUCUUUGGAAAAGGAAUUGCCAAAGUAGAAGAUACCUUUGUUAAAUGGAAUGUGAGUCAGACAAAGAUUCGCAUCAUUUCCACAAUAAUAUUCAUUCUGUUUGGCUGCGUGCUGUUUGUUGCUCUUCCUGCAGUUAUAUUCAAGCACAUAGAAGGCUGGAACACAUUAGAUGCAAUUUACUUUGUGGUUAUCACUUUAACUACCAUUGGAUUUGGUGACUAUGUUGCAGGGGGAUCAGAUAUUGAGUACCUAGAUUUUUAUAAGCCAGUGGUGUGGUUCUGGAUCCUUGUUGGGCUUGCUUACUUUGCAGCUGUCCUCAGCAUGAUUGGAGACUGGCUAAGGGUCAUAUCAAAAAAGACAAAGGAAGAGGUUGGGGAGUUCAGAGCCCACGCUGCAGAGUGGACAGCCAACGUCACCGCCGAGUUCAAGGAGACCCGCAGGCGCCUGAGCGUGGAGAUCUACGACAAGUUCCAGCGGGCCACCUCCAUCAAAAGGAAACUCUCUGCAGAACUCGCUGUCAACCACAACCAGGACCUGACCCCCUGCAAGAGAACGCUGUCAGUGAACCACCUGACCAGCGAGAAGGACCUCUUGCCGGCUCUGACAAAGACAGACAGCAUUUACAUGAAUGGUUUGACGCCGCACUGUGCAGCAGAAGAGAUAGCCGUGAUCGAGAACAUUAAGUAGCCAUGACUCUGGAUCCCAGCCCUUGGGAAGCUCUUGGCUUAGACUAGCCAUACACCAUUUUUUUCCACCCCGUCGAUGACCAGUGCUAGCAGCAUUUUCUAUGUGUGCAUGAGUUCCACGGAAAAACUUCAGUCCCGAGUUACCAUCGCAUCUCUUCAGAGACACAAAGACGAAUGGCACUGCUGUUUCCGAAAGAUGCUGGAACAAGCAAUGUUUUCUGCCUUUAUCUGCCCAGACUGUUUUUCACUUCUAAUGUGCCAUAUGGCCUCACGAAUGAAUCUCACUUGUUUAUGGUAACAAUGUAGCUUUGAGGGAUCAGUCCUUAAAAUUUCAGGGUCUACCUUACUGAGCCUAGGAAUGGACCAUUUCUGGACUACAACACAUUUGUAAAUGGCAAGAAAUUCUUAUGCAGCCUUUUACCUAAGAAAUUUUGGUCAGUGCCUUAUCUUUUGAAGAACCAGAACCUCUACAGUUCCUGUACAACUUUUGUUUGUUUGGGUUUUUUGCAUGAGAAGUGUAUUUCAUUUAAGCCUUUCGUCCUUCUUGAAAUGGCGGUGUUUCAAAGGUGUCUGUUGUGAAGACACCAACCAGCAUGAAUGAAUGCCAAAACUCAACAAUCAUCAAUUGAUGUUCUUAGCUCCAAAUUUAAAGGCACUGCAGUUUCAAAAGUUGCAAACCUGUCCCCCAGAAACAUUUUGUUUUACUCAGGUCCAGCUGAUACUUGUUCACGCUGACUUGUAGGAUUUUUCAGACCCUUUUCAGGUCUUAGUUUUCCAAGCGGUGUUCAGCAGUUGUUUUUCUCUGCAUCAGAUGUACCAAAAAAAUCUGCAGUUUAUCUAUCACUAAAUUGUUUGGUAGAUGACAAGAGCAAAUAAAGAGAAGCAGGGGGAGGCUUUAAAUUACUGUGUUCUAAUAAUCACAUCCAAAAAAACAAUGCAGGAGAAUGCAGCUAUUUUUAAUAAGCAUAAACCUUCUGCCAGAUAUUUGGUAUGAAAAGGAUUCUUAAUUUCCUUUUUAAGCCAAGUCACCCCAGAGGCUACAUGAUAUUUCACCCGUGAAUCCUGGUGGAGUGCUUUGCUGAAUGUCACGUGGGCUGCCUGUGCCAGAGCUGUGGCUAACAUGGGAAUGCAAUUGAAACUGGUAUCACUGUGACUUUCUACAUUUCAGAUAGAGAUGGCUCUGAAUAUCAAUGCAGGCAUGAAGAAGAGCUGAUACAUAGCACAAUCUGAAUAUCGAUGAUUGUUCAGACAGGAUAGGCUGACAAGAAGCAGAUCUAAACCAGACUGUGGGUUUUCUUUAUUGGUUUUAAGAAAACACAUUAAUUUUGUACCUUCUGUUUUGCUUAUAGGUGUACAUGAGAUUCAGAAGAAAUGCAGGAUGGAGUGGAUAAUUUUGCAUUUUUUCCUUAUGUUAGUCUGUUGUAACCUGGCUGUACAUAAAAUGAAUAGAACAGGCCUUAAAGAAAAAUUUAGGCUCUGUAAAUUAAAAAAGAUGGGACUUUGCUGAUUGGGCAUGAUUCAAGUGGCAAAUCUUACAGCAUCUCUGACCAUUAGAUAACAUGCAAGAUAUGAAUGUUCAUGUUUUUUGGAUGCUUAGCUUGUUUUCUAAUAAAUAUAAGUUAAAAUGUAAAUUCAGUGUAAAUAUCAGUCAAUUAACAUUUACAGAGAGUAUGCUUUUAAACUAAGAAAGUUCCAUGACACAGCACCGAGCAAUGCUCUUAUAACAAAGACCCUUGUCUCCCCAGCACAGUGUUCUGAAU